AUGAAGGUCUCCGUUUUACCAAUCCUGCUAGGCCUGGCUGGCCUCUCGACUGCCCGCACUGAUAUUAGCGGUUGUAUCUCGUCGCAAACCACCAAUCAGUGGCAUGAAGCCAGCUUGAUAUGGUACGUGCCUGGCAGCGGUGAGAUCUGUGACUUUGUCGACUGUGGAGGUGGUAGAGCUCCCCCAAAGACAGAUCAGCCUGGAUGCCCUCUCUACUCAGGCACUGCGACCUUGACAGCCAGCUAUUUGCCUGGUUACGGACCCAACAUUAUAGUGGCUUCCGCCACUACAGCUUCGGAGGAAUCCUCUUCUAUAGAUACUUCCUUGGCUUCAUCAACUUCCUCAGCCUCUUCAGACUCAUCAGCUUCCUCUGCAACCGACACUUCGGCUGGCACAACCUCUACCGGUGAUAGUAUGAUUACCCCGGCACCGACCUCCUCGCCUAUUGGUUCAACCAAAAUGCCUGCUUCCUCAUUUGGAAAUUCUACCGCAACAGCAGCAACCACAACUGCGACUGGCAAUAUGGCAGGAAUCUUUGGCCCAAGCCCGGGUUUGAUGAUGGUUCUUGUUGCUGCGAUUGGGGCAAUUUCGCUUUAA